UACAACAUAAUUUCGUUUGUGCCGCUGAGAUAUGAUGAACAGUAACGACGCUUUCAAGUUAUCCAUUUAUUUUAUUUGAUAUUUUCACGUAUUACUUAGUGAUAGUUAAGUGAUUACAAUUAUUUAGUGUGGAUUGCUUACUGGCUACGUGUAUAUCAUGAGUCAGAUAGUAACUCGUAAGGGACCGAAAGGAGAAGAUAAAGAAAAGAGACAGACGGAUAGUCCAGUUAAAGAAAUGAAAAAGAAAAUAGCUGCCAACGCUGAAAAAGAGAAACAGGCAGCGGAGAAGAACGCGGAGAAAUCCGUCCAAAGCGACAAAAAGGCUGAAAAAUCCACGGAGAAGGUUGCGGAGAAACCUGCCGAGAAAGAGAAGAAGGAGAAACCCGAUAAGAGCUUAGAUAAGAGCAUAGAUAGAAAGGAUAAAGCGGAGAAAAGUGCUGAAAAGACCGAAAGUACUUCUGAUAAGAAAGAGAAUACAGCAGAUAAAGCUUCAGAUAAAAAAGAGAAGCAAUCAGAUAAAAAGGACGGCCCCGCUGAAAAGGCAAGCGAUAGCAAAGAAAAGAAUGGAAAGAUGGAUUUAUCCGAGGAAAAAGCAAAGAAGCCCGAGACGAAAGUGAAGGAAAACGGCGCUGCAACGAACGGCGAACAGAAUGGUGACACGGUGAGUUCGGAGGACGAGCUCCAGGAGUCGGACGUGGAGCGGGACGAGAUGUUCCCGGAGCUCGCGUACGAGGACUCGGACGGCGAGACCUUCGAGCCGCCCACGCCCGAGGGGCUGCCCAGCCGCAGCUACACGCGCCGCUCGCAGGUGAAGGCGACUCGCACGCCGGAGACCCCGCGCCCCGCCUCCGGCAAGAACGGCGACCGGGACUACGUGCCGGACGAUUCGAAACUGCUGAAGUUGAAGGACGACGCAUUACCGACGGACCGCAAGCUACGAUCAGCGGAUUCGCCGAAACCUCAGGAUAAAAAAAUAGAAAAAGUUCAGGAGGGGAAGAAGUCCGAUUCGCCUAAGAAGGAUCCCCUCAAAGCGGUCCAAGAGGAGCCGAGCAAGCAAGAUGAGAAGGACAAAAAUGAAACUGAAGUCGAAAUUGAAGUCGCCGUUGAAAUUGAAAAUGAAGACGAGCGGCGCGUGAAGGCGGACACCAACUACUCCAAGUCGCGAGUGAAGGUGUCGCCCUACCGCCGCAGCAGCCGCCUGGCGGACCAGACGGACCUGUCGCUGCUCGCCAACUACACGGGCAACAACACGACGAUGGAGAUGGACAUCACGGAGUCGUCGCUGGACGAGCCCGAGAGCCCCUACCUGAGCGGCCUGCGCUCCAUCCGCGCGCGCCGCUCCUACCGCGUGCUGCACGAGGUGGCGCUGCGGACCGGCCCGCGCGCGCCGCGCCCCGAGCCCGCCGGCGCGGGCGCGGAGGCGCCGCAGCGGCCGACGGGCACCGUGGUGGGGCGCAAGCGGCGGCCCGAGGCGGCGGGCGGGGCGGCGGGCGAGGCGCCGCGCGACAAGCGGCCGCGCCUGCUGGAGCGCCUGGCGCGCCCCUUCCGCGCCGCGCCGCCGCCCGCGCGCCGCGCCGCCGAGGUGACGCCGCUCGUGCUCGUGACACGGCCUAUCGUUGGCAUCAACACGGACUUACCGCUGAGCGCGCCCGUCGCCUCCGCGGACGCCUUCGACCCGGAGGCGAUCAAGCCGCAGACCUGCCCCGCUCCCCUCCCCGCCGACGGCCCCCUCCCCGCCCCCGUCAGCGAUAGAGACGGUAAGAGAUGUAUUGUGAUGUAAGUGAUUAUAAUACGAUACUGUUUGUGAAAAAUGUAAAUGAACUAAAUAAAAUAUUCUUAUCAUCUAAAGCAAAAUCAUGAAAGUGUGAACAUUUUAUUAUGGUUUGAAAAUUUUGUAAUUAAGAAAAGGUUGACAAGGUAAUUAGCAAUGGUCUAAAGAUUUAACCAGUGACUUUUUAUAUUUGCAACAGCCAGCACACAGAAAACAUAGUUAAUAAUAUAUUUUUUGUCUAUUGAUGUAUAAUUUUUAGACGAUUUGUUCGAUUAAAAAAAAUCAUCAAAUACAAGGAGUAUUUAAGCCCUUAAAAUGUUUGAAAUUGUCAGAGCGCAAAAGACCUUUGCUCUUAUUACGUUUUAAAAAAAAUUUACAUAUCUAUGUGAAUUGGAUUCACAAAAUGAGUUGUAAGUUUGUUUGCAUUGCUUACAAGUGGUAUCGUUGUUGGGACUGUUAUUAUACAUUAGAAUUAUCGUGAAGCCUUCUCGUAGUACAAAUGUUGUACUUUACAAAUUCGUGUCUCGAAAUACUAUUUUUUUUUUUUGUUACAAGAUGUCGUCGUUACGCGAAAUUGAACGAUUUGUGAAAGGACUAGCUUAAUUGUGCUAUAACUAUGGAAAAAGCUUUUUUUUAGUACGUAAUAUAUAUUAAAUAUGAAAUCGUUUGAAGCAAUAAUGUAUUUUAAUCAUUUUGAUAUUUUUAUCUAGCGCUUUCAAAUAACUUUCAAUAUCACGAUAGAACGGCGACAUCUCAGUAAGGUUGUUACGUAGUAGAAUUUUAUAUCGUGGAUUUUAUUAAAAAAAAAAUAAGAAAAAAAAUAUAUUCGAGAAGAUUGUUUCGAAAUGCGCUUACUUCAAUAUAUAUGGUAACUAAUAAUAUAAACGGAGUUUUAUGUUUGUUUUUUAUUGAGUCUAAUGAUGAUUGAUGGGUAACAUUUAUACAAAGGUACUAAUUAUAUAUAUAUAUAUAUAUAUGUCAGAAAUAAAACCUACACUGAAAAUGUCAAAGAAAAACAAAAGAUUACUCUCAAAACAACCCAUUAAGGACAAUAAAAGGCAGACACCAACGUAAGUUUGUAACGUUUGAGCGAAACGUUUCUGACGAAAUGUUUUAGAGGUUGUUUAUAUUAUGAAGUACUCGCAUUUCUCGUCGUCUCAAUUAUAUUCGAUAUUUUGUAUAAUUAAAAUUUGAAGCGGUGAAUAAAUUAUCAUAGUUUUUUUUUUUAAAGCGUAUGAGAAGUAUUUCAUAUAUAUGUCGGUAUUACUCGUUAUAAGGCAAUUAUUCAAUCGUAUUAAUAUUUAUUUUUAACGAUUAAAUGAAAGGUUUAUCUCUGUUUAAAAAUGUCUUCAAUGAGUUAGAUUGAAUAAAAUUUUAAUAGUACUAUAAAUAAAAGGAAUUUGCCAGGUUUAAAAAUAUUGUCAUCUCUUUCCUAUGUUUUAUAUUAAAAAGAGAUAGCACAUUUCGUAACCUUGAUUAGCUUAGACGUUGCUAUCUCUUUCACACGUUUUAUAUUAAAAAUAGAUUGCAUUUUUUUUUGGUUAAAAAAAAAACAAAUUCAAAUCAAAUUUUUUAAGCAAUCGUCGAUUAUAGUGAUGAAUUUGAAUACGUUAUAACGAGUAAUGCUAACGUUGAACGUGUUCACAGAAUAUAAUUAUAUCGGUAGAGAAGCGAUGUACGUUCGUUGUGUACCCGCAAACGGGUACGGCGUUUUAAUCUUCGACUAAUGUCUUAGCUAAGUUUUAUCACGUGACUUGUAGAUAUAUUUCGGGAUGUGUUAUUGAUUGAUCAAUUUGUUAUUUAAAAUUAAAUCUUUUAUAUUCUGGUAAGGUUUGUUUUUUUUUUUAUUUUGGUGUGGUGGUUAUGUCUAAUAAAUAAUGUCUUUGAAUUUCGAAUCAUUGUAUUUUGUUUUUUUUUUUGUUUUUGCAAAGGCAACUCUAAACUUAUACGGAAUUUUGACGAGUAAGUUCAAUUAAUUAAUAAAAUAAUAACAAAUUAUUCGAUCAAUAACAUGUCCACAAUAAUUAUAAUUGUUUUUAAAGUCGAAUCGACAAAUAUUCAUCUCCAAUCUACGAAGUUCUCGAUUCGAUUUUAAAAAAUUUAAUAUAGUUUAGUUUAUAAGUUUUAUUUUAUAACAUUUUGGUAAAGAAAUGCGGGUCUUGUGCAUUUUAAACGAAUUCGAGAUAGUUUACAACAAAUCGGAAAUAGUGUAAAAUAUAAACUUGCAUUUCAAAAUAUAAAGCUAAAAGUAUAAUGAGUUUUUUAUUUUUUUAUAUUUUAUGUAAUAGCUCAAUAUAACGACCAAAAAUAAUUAAGUUUCUUAUAUACAAACGAUCCCUACGUUUAAGUGUCUCAGAUAUUAUUUAAUUGAAGGAAAGUUGUCAACAUUUGUGUUACCGACACCCGUUCUGUAAUAACCUUAAGUUGUCAACAAAGAUUGAUACAAAAAUUAUGUAUUCGUUGGUGGCUUAAGAGUUCCAAUUAGUGGUAAUCGCAGAAACUGUUAUCUUUUUCAGCGGUAACGCACUGUUACGUAGGGACUGUCGUUAGUUUUAUUGUUAUAAGGAAACUAAUAUGUAACAAACUUAAUAAAUAAAGUUUUUUUUUUUUUUU